AUGAGUUCUAUUAAUUGGAGAGCUUUGUUCUUUGGCACUUUCAGACGGCAACCUACUUCAAAUAACUAUAGAUAUAAGCAUGCGAGUCCCAAAAUAAAGAGAGCUGUGCUCAACAACUUUACCAAGGAACUAGAGAAUAAAGAGUUGCAAGAAAUUGUUGUACAAAUUGAUAGGCAACUUUACUCGGCACCUGUUAAUAAAUUACGAGAGAUUAUCUUUCGAGAUGCCACUGGGCCAUCAAGAGCGAUUAUCAAGACAAUUCGUAGUGAUCCCACAAGAAGCUCGAAAACUUUGAGAAACGUAGCAAUUUCAAGUUGGCAGAACAUAGCUCCCAUUUUCGCGCAUCCGUUGAAUCCGAUAUCUGAGUUUAAAGCAAAGGGAACUGCUUCCUCUUUUGAGUAUACAUGCUCGAUAAGCCUUACAUCGAAGGGCGGACAAGAAAAAUUAUCAAACGUAUCUUGGCCUGAUCCAUUAUUCUCCAAUUCCUGUCAGGGUCUGGGAGUUUUGAAAGAGAAUUUUGAACCCUUAAGUGGUACCAAGUUUUUAAACCCUUCUGAUGGAAGAACUUUAGACUUUUUUAUUGUGGAUGAACUGCCGAAAGGCUGUAAUGCAAUUGGGCUUUUUCCUGCAUAUGAACCUUCGCAUAAACGACAUUUCAGUGGAUUACAACUAUGUGCAGCAGUGAUACGGCACAAACCAUGUACUCAGGAGCAGAGAUCGGCUGUCGAGGCAAGAAUAACGAGCUCUCCACAAAGUGACAAGAAUUUGGGAGAUCUGAAUGCACUCUCGUUGAGCGAGACUGAUUUUCGCAGUUUGAAGGGACUGAUGGACGCUUCUAGCAAGUCACAAUCACUUUGGAGCCACGCUCGUGAUCAUGAUAGAACUUGUCCCGGUGACAUUAUUCGUUGUACUCUAAUGUCGCGUAAAGUGGAUACAAAUCAACUGUUGGAUGAGUUUGGCAAACACUUUAUUCUAUACAGUUUGGUGUCCCAGGCGCUGAGAAUUCGUCAAACAGUUGACAAAUCUAUAACAUACAAGCCUUCGGAGCUUUCCCCCAUAGACCAAUACGUUCUACAAAAACUCCACGAAUUGAACGAACUAGACACCCCUGCCUCUGUUUCGGAGAUGAUUCAGUACAAACAAGACUUCGAUGAUUUUUUGACCAUCUUGAGCAGCUAUCAUUUUAGCAUUGUGGCUGAAAUGAAAUCGUCAAGUCAAAAUUACUUCCGCGAUGGUGACAAGACUCCUAGAGCCGUAACAGUCUUUAGAGUCCUCCACGAGAUUCUGCGUAACAGCAAACCAUUCAAGAUGUUUUACCCCAACCUGUCAGAGUACGCUACAAGAGCCCUACCUCAAUCUUCACUCUCAAACGAAUCACUUCCAUUAAGCAAUGAUGAAGAGGAGUUGAAUGUGGGCGCUAAAGCACUGAUAAUGUUCAAAAACAUUACAGAGUUUGAGAGCGAAAUGUACUACGACAGGUUAACCACAGCUCGACCAUUGGAGAUCGAGCCAAUGGCCUCGCUGAAGACAUGGAAAAUCGUUAUUCUUGCAAAAGAUCCACUACCACAGGCGAUCGAGAGAGCUUUGGUAUUCAAUUCACGAGUAUAUACUCAAUGUGUCACAGAUCUCGCACAGGCCACUCUAAUUAAAUUUGCAACAUGCAAAGUACGCAAGAUGAUAGAUGAAGAUACAUUUUUGUUCCUGUACCAAUUACAAAGACCGCCAAAAGUCGACAGAGACCAGAUGGUCGACGAUAUAUUAGGUAAACUCGAAACUGCAGUCGCAGAAAGGGUAUAA